ACAGGCUCUAAGGAAGAAAGCGCACGAAGCGAGGCUCGAGACAGAGCGCGAGGAGGCCCUGCGGUCGAAUGGUCUUUGGGCUCGACUUGCACAUCGAAGGAGCUCGGGUCAUCAUCGCUCGGCCAUUCCGCGCGACACGAGCGACACGAGAGUCACGCAAGGAAGGGCUCAUUUCCGCUGCGAAUUUGUCCGUCGGGGUCUACCGCGGUCUUUCGUCGAGGAAUUGAGCGAGGCGGAGGUUGACGACGGAGCAGAGGGCGCAGUUAUGGAGGCUGUGGUCGCUUCUGUGAGCUGCCGAUCUUUUUCUACGCCAAUUUCUUCCUCGUCUUCCGUCGCUGCGGAUGUCGAUAGGCGUUGUCCUCCUUCGUCUGCCGGAAGCAGAGUCGUCUGCUCGCAGAGCUUGCAGAAAGAUUUUGGGAGGCUGCAUUUGAGGUCCUCCCAGUUUUUAAGUGGCACGGACAUUGGUGCUUCGGCCCCGGCCGCCGGUGCAACACACGGGCGCAACUUUAGUAUGGCGAUUCGAGCGAAUGCAGCACAGGUUUUAAAUGAUGUUGCAUCUCCUACCAAGGAAGAAACGACCGUGGUAAACGUCGAUUUGGGAGAUCGCAGCUAUCCUAUCUACAUCGGUAAAGGGCUUCUGAACGAACCGGAAUUGCUUCAGAGGCAUGUUCAUGGGAAGAAAGUACUCGUUGUGACCAACACGACAGUCGCUCCAUUAUACUUGUCUCGAGUUGUAGCUGCUUUGAAGCAUGGAGGCAAUAACGUGCAAGUUGAAAGCGUAAUCUUAGAGGACGGAGAGCAGUACAAGAAUAUGGAGGUCUUGAUGAAGGUAUAUGACAAAGCUAUAGUGACUAGGAUGGACAGGCGCUGUACAUUCAUUGCCCUUGGUGGUGGAGUCAUCGGUGACAUGUGCGGAUAUGCCGCGGCCUCAUACCUGCGUGGUGUUAACUUCAUCCAGAUCCCGACCACUCUCAUGGCUCAGGUUGAUUCAUCGGUAGGCGGGAAGACAGGUGUGAAUCAUCCCUUGGGGAAGAACAUGAUUGGAGCGUUUUACCAGCCACAGUGUGUGUUAGUAGAUACAGACACUUUGAACACAUUACCCGAUCGAGAACUUGCAUCUGGAGUUGCUGAAGUCAUCAAGUAUGGGUUGAUUAGGGACGCUGAGUUUUUCAAGUGGCAAGAAGAGAACAUUGACAGAAUUCUUGACAGAGAUACAAGCGCUCUAGUGUAUGCUGUCAAACGGUCAUGUGAGAACAAGGCAGAUGUGGUUGCAGCAGACGAGAGGGAAGGAGGCGUUCGGGCCACAUUAAACUUGGGUCACACCUUUGGACACGCAAUAGAGACCGGAACUGGAUACGGAAACUGGCUCCAUGGAGAAGCCGUGGCUGCGGGCACGAUAAUGUCCGCGCACAUGUCGUUGAAAAUGGGAUGGAUUGACGAUGAUCUGUUCAAGCGAAUAUACAACAUCACUGCCAGGGCUAGGUUGCCACUCAGGCCACCGGGUUCUAUGGACGUGCAGUUGUUCGAGGAUAUCAUGGCGGUGGAUAAGAAAGUUGCCGAUGGACUUCUGCGUCUGAUUCUUCUCAAAGGUCCUCUCGGAAACUGCGUCUUCACGGGGGAGUAUGAUGUAAAAGCAUUAGACGACACCCUUCGACAUUUCUGUAGGGCGUGAUUAGUCGAAUACAAUUGGAUAAGUUCCUCACAAACGUGAGUUAUAUUGAUCUGUAAUUUUAGAUUCUAUACUUCGUGCUGAAUUCAGCUGAACUUGUAUGUAAAUACUAGUUCUUUAUUCUUAGAUACCUGCGAUCAUAGACUUUAUCCUGUGGCUCAGGCUCGCUAGAUUCGCAUCAGGUCUCAUUUUAAAGUUUGAUCAGUACGACAAGGUCAUGCUUCACGUGGUGUAGGUCGUUGUGAGACUUUCAACUCAGCUUACAGGCGAGCAAAGACAUUAUUUUAUUUUAGUCACCUUACAUGAGGUUUCUAUGCGUCCAUACUUGUUGAUGACUGUUAUUACUGU